CGGCAUUGGUCCACCAAGCAGACACACGUAGGCGUGUAUCCGACCAACCCCCUUUUUUUUCCUCCUGCAGACUGUGGAGCCGGCGAACGGCGGGACAGCCAGGAAAGGAAAGACCGGCUGCCGCAGCUUUGGACCAGACGGAUAAACGGACAGGGGUCCCGGAGGUAAGAGUGAAGUGACACAGGGCGAAGUCCCCACACCGUGUGCAGCAGCACCGUGGCAGCUAUGGGACCAGAGGACCAAGCUGGAACUGAGCCAGGCAGGGCGAAAACGUGCCCGCUGGGACAACAGUACCGCAUGUCUACAGUGGCACACAACACCAAUGUGCCUAAAAUGCAACAAAUUCUGAGCUGUGUCCAUGGCGAGAAAGCAUUCCCAGACGGGGGUCAUCACAAGAGCAAGACAUCAGGGUCGGGAAAACAACCUGUUCCCAGGCAAAAUGUGGGUGCCGCAGCACAGCUUAGCAGCAUGUCAGCCACAGGAGAGGCCCCAUACAGUUUCCGGAGCCCAGAGUCAGUGGAGAUGGACGAAAUCAUGGCAGCUAUGGUUCUUACCAGUCUAUCCUGCAGUCCAAUGGUUCAAAGCCCUCCACAGUCAGACCCUGGACCAGUGGGGUCAUCAACGUCGGUUGACAUGGAAGGGGCCGGUGGUGAGCUCUCUGACAGCGGUAGCAGUGGCUACUGGAGCUGGGACCACAGCAACGUGAGCCCUGCCCCUUCGCCGUCCGUCACAGAGAUAGACAGCAGCCCAGAUGAAGGCCUACACAUGGAGCUGGAGCAGGGAGAGGAGUCUACUGCCAAAAAGCCAAAGAGCUCUGUCAGAAGUGUGUACAAGUGUCUGUGGCCAAGUUGUGGCAAAGCGCUCACAUCAUCAGUUGGGAUUAAAAGACAUAUCCGUGUCAUGCAUCUUGGCAGUGGAUCAGAUCAGUCCCAGAGGGAGGAGGACUUCUACUACACCAAAAUCUGCUGUGAGACGGUCGAGGAGGCCCAAGGCCAACCCUCGUCCGUUCAUCUCAGCUGGGCUGCUUCUGGUUCGUCACCAGGCUCAGAUCUCCAGAUCCCCUUGGCUCACAGACCCAGAUCCUACUCCAGCUCUGUGCCUGGCUCAAGCAGGCCCAGUCCCCUCAGCCAGUCAGCCCCCAGCAGCUUCUGGCAGAUCCACUCUGAGCAUCUUUAUCAGGCAUGUAGCCCAGUCCAAGUCUCCAUGGCUCCCAAAAGCCCAUGCAGUCAAGGUUGGACCCCGUCAGCCUCCGUCUCUGGCCACAGUAACGCUCAGAUGGUGAAACCUCGCUGCCGGUCUGUCAGUGUCGGGGAACAAUGGCUUCAGCAGAGCAGGCUGCAGCCAAUGAGUGCAUCGCCCUCCCGUACUCACUGCUCUUUCAGGAAAGGUCGCGGGGAGGCCAAGAAGUGCCGUAAAGUGUAUGGAGUGGAGCGCAAGGAUCAGUGGUGCACCGCCUGCCGCUGGAAAAAGGCUUGCCAGCGCUUCCCCGACUAAAUGCUGCUGAGUGAGGGAGACCGAGCGAGCAUGGUUCGACGAGUGUGAACAGAGACUUUUAUCAGAACGAGAAUAUAAAUCAGGGCCCGAGAGCCAUCAAGAAAAACACGUUUUUUGGAGUUUUGUUUUGUUUUGUUUAUUUGUCUGAUUUUUUUUUCUUUUAUUCAUGAAAGAAAAUGUACUUUUGUGUAUCUUUGUAUCUUUGAUCCUGAAAACUGAAGUCUGCGAUGGUGCUGUUGACUGACUUUGACAACGUGAUGUGAAAGGCCUAAUAUACUCUCCUACUUUAUCCAAAGGUCAUAUUAGUGCCCCUGUAGCUCCUCUGUGUUAGACUGCUACUUGGCUGUUUUCUUUAUUCCAAUCUUUUCUUCCAGUGGCUACACAGUGAUGACGAUGUACAUUAUAUUGCGUACUUUGAGUUAUGUACGAGUGUUUUAUACCUUUUUUUUUAAUCGUCUUGUUUAGCCCAUAUAUUGGGCAGACUGUUUUUUUAAAUGUUUUUUGCACUUUGUUGGAAAAUUAACUCACAAGAAUAAGCUAAAUUUGGUUUGACUCAACCAAGUUCCUUCCAUGUAAUCGAUUUCCUUCCUGCCCUGUACAUGAGCACUACCAGUGUUAAUGGUUUUGUCCGUGAAGCUAAUGAGUCAUGGCAGCGGGAUUAGCAUUAGGUGAAUGAGUUUGUAUUAAAGGAAAUAUAUUGUCAAAUACAGUAAAAAAAGCACUGAGAA